AUGGCCGCGGCUAUUGAUCGAGCGCCGAGGAAUCAUUUGGACGAAGGGUCUGAGGACUCGAUGGGCGCGAGGACGAUACCAAUCAUUGCGCCUACCAUCCAGAUGUCUGCACCCUCUCCGGGCGAGCCCAUGGACAUCACCACCCCUACGAACUCCUCCGCACCCCAAUCUGCCACCAAGAGCCCCGAUAGCGACGUGAAUGCCAGCGGCGGCAACGCCAGUAACGAGUCGAACGAGCGUCUACAGCCCAUCCAGGCCCAGAUCAACAGCAAUCACCACAACCAUCAAGCUUCCUCCGAGAACAACAUCACCAUGCCGGCCCCCGUAGCCGCAGCCCCGGCUGUCCACCAGCCCAAGAUUGUUCAGACAGCCUUCAUUCACAAGCUUUACAAGUAUGGUGCCUCGCCAAUCCACUCGUACGGCCAUGGACGGAUACUAAAUCAUGUGAUAGCAUGCUGGAAGACAAGACGAUCCAGCACCUCAUUUCUUGGACCCAGAGUUCCGAGAGCUUCGCAAUAUUUCAAGCACACCAAUAUCUCUUCAUUUGUGCGGCAGCUCAACAUGUACGGCUUCCAUAAGGUGAGUGACGUGUUUGCUCAUGGGACUCCCGACUCGACCAUGUGGGAGUUUAAACAUGGGAACGGCAACUUCAAGCGGGGAGACCUGGUUGGUCUGCGGGAAAUCAAGCGCCGGGCCUCGCGACAUGCGCUGGUUCACAGAGAGUACAGCAACCAGAAGCCACCGCCAUCUCAGCCUGGCACUCCGGCCGAGCCAAUGCCUCCCAUGCAAGAAGGCGGCGACCCCAGGGUGAACAGCAUCGAGCACACUCUCUACGACCUCAGUGCUCGUCUUCAGCGCCAAGAAGAAAACUCGCAGUUCAUGCAGAUCAAGAACCAGGCCAUCAUGGACACGGUAAGCCGGCUGCUGCAGUUUAAUCAAGAGCUGUCACGCGCCGUGAUGGCCCUUUCGCCGAGCCCUGAUAACCCGAUACACCGGGACGUAUCAUCACUGCAGAUCGAGGUGCAGCGGCAAAUGGAGAUAUUCCGCAGCCUCGAGGAACCCCACGAGCCGUUGUUCGCCAGCACCCGUCCCUACUUUGCCAACAUCGAAAACGCGCCCGUCUCGCCUCGCCAGUUGCCCCAGGACGAUCCCCGCAGGUCUAAUCUCGCAGUCCCCCAGCCCCGAGGGCCAAAUUAUUACCAUGACCACCGCCCCGCGGUGCCUUCUGGGUUGUCGGUGAGCACCCGGAGACCAUAUGGUUCGAUAGGAGGAAAUUCCACAGGCCAAUCUUCGCCGUCUUCCAAUCGGGCCCCUGCUCCGCCGCCACCGCCCGGGCCACACCACCUGUCAAAUCCCGAUCUGCAUCCCGGUGCUCUGGGUCGAAGGCACACCUCGGCUGAUAUCCGUGCUCAUGGUUGGCAACCCCAACCACCUCCCCCGUUUUCCGGACCACCUUCGUCCCAAUGGCCAUCGUCACCCAGCCGGCUCCCACCACCCCCCGAGAGCCAGCAUCUCAGGGAUACCUUUUCUCACUAUUCUCUGCAACCCUCGUCCCAACCUCAUUCCCGUCCAGCCACUCCCCCAGCGCCCCCAUUUUCCAAUGGAAACCCACCUGCCGCCGACACGUUUAACAACUGGUCCUGGAACUCUGCCAAUCGGGAGAAUAAGAACCUGUCGGUGAGGGAUCACUCGGCGCCGCCGACGAGACGGGGAAGCAUGGCUCAUAUUUUGAACCCGACUGACACGGCUGAGAGGGAGGAUGAGGAUAUGGACCCCCGGGGUGAUGACGACCGAAAAAGGAAGAGGCUGCAAUGA